AGGAAUUCAGGUUAGUGUUUUAAUUUUUUCUGCUCUCUUCCUCCUCUGCCAUCUGGAGCUGUGAAACACUUCCUUCCAUUUUCCAGGGGUCCAUCUGUUCUGAUUUUACGUCUUCAAGACGUCUUCCAGGUCUAGUUCUUAACCUAAGGCUUGUUGGUGAACCUCUGGCUGGAGUUAACUGUCCUUUAGUGGAGUUUGCAGACAUCAGCUGAAGUUCUCAGAGGGGUGUUGCCUUGCCCUUAUAAGGCAAAACCAACAGAGUGAAAAAGUAUUUGAAUUUGUGGUGGUACUGCUCCACUGCCUUUUCAUGUCUGCACAGUCUGGAGCUGGUGCUUGUCUUCACUCUUGGUUCCUCUUCUUGGAUAUGUUUGCACAGAGGAUGUUUGCUGCCAGACAAUAGGAGUGUUUGUCAGUGGGGUGGGCAGCAUGCGUAUGGACGCUCUGUCAUCUACCUCAGUCUCACUCUCACAAGUGGAGUUGGCGCAGAUCACGAGAGGAGGAGGCCAGUCCUGGAUCUGCCCUCAAGCCAAAUACGCAUUCUGUCUUUAAAACGCAAAUGCUCAUGGGAAGGCAAACACAAUAGACAGUGGUAACAACAAAGCUUUUGGAUGUCGUAACACCCUCUGGAUCUGAUUCUGCAUGCUGAGCUUCUGACAGAAACGGGAUGACAGUAUGGACCUCCGGUUUUGGCAUCACUGGAUAUCAACAAUAUGAGAUCUUUCAGCUCACUUGUUUCAACCACUCUGGUUUUUGGAAAUUAGACUGUAGAAUACUCUGCUAGGACGCUCUUUUGAAAGCAUCAUGACAACAGCGACGUGGUACCAUCGGGACAUCACCCGUGUUCGAGCCGAAGAGCUGCUGGCCUGUGCGGGGAGAGAUGGCAGCUUCUUGGUGAGGGACAGCGAAUCUGUGCCUGGAGCCUACGCCUUGUGUCUGCUGUUCCAGCGACAUGUUCAUACAUACCGAAUCCUCCCUGAUGCAGAUGGGUUACUGGCUGUACAGCCUAUAUUUUGUGUGAGGCUGCUAAAACACACUUCACCCCACAGGCACAACAUUCAAAUGUUUAAGCUCAAAUGCAGGUGUCUUCUUGGUGCAGAUGGUGACGAUGAGAAGCCAGGUGCAACAUUUGCCAGCCCUCCACCACGUGCAAUGUCCCCUACAGGCCAUCCUCCACCCUCCAGUUCAGGAGCCCUUCAUUUACUGCUGCAGAGGCUCCAGGAGCUCAGCCCAAAUAGUGCAGGCUGUGAGAUCAUCCUGUUACUGAAUGAGUAUCUGCAUGGUAAUGUGUGUAAGGACCUGGAGAAUGUGAAAGGAGGCGCAUCAGGACUGCAACACUUUCAGUGCAUCCUCAGCCGUGCAUGCGACAGUCUGCACAGUGAGAUUGACCAGACACUGUCCAGUUUGGAAACCUUAGCGAAAGUGUUUGGUCAUCCUAGUGGCCACCUCACCUUCUCCACAAUGCAGAAUACAAGGAAGAGCCCUGAAGAGAACAUGGAUAAUCUACUUCACAAGCUCACUACCCUCUGUAACCUGUUGUCAUCUCUGGAGAAAAGGGUUCUUAAAGCUUUACAAGAAGCUGUAACCAAUCACAACUUAUCUUUGCAAACAUCCACUCCUCCUGAGUCUGUCACAGCCCCCAAAAAACAGGCCAGACCUAAUACUGUCCACAGCUUUCAGAUCAAGGUGGUCAGGUAUGGCAGACAAACAGUGUCGGUAGACAUAGAUGCAGGAGUGCUGCUGUUUGACAAGAGGACUGGCUCAUUUGGUGUGGAGACUGUCACACACGACAGAAUCGUGCAGUUGGUGAAGAUUCAGAGAGGCCCUGCCAAGCUGAAAAUGGUCAUAGACAGUCAUCACAAUCCGCCGAGAGAACUUGUGUUUGAAAGCAUGAAGAAACGAGAAGCUUUCUGUCGGCUGCUGCAGCUUAUGAAGACUGCUCACUGCCAGCAGUCUGAGCUGGAUGUCAUCUCUGUGUUUGUGGGCACAUGGAACAUGGGGGGCACUCCACCACCCGGUUCACUUCAGUCCUGGGUUACUUGCUGUGGUCUGGGUCUCACCCCAGACGAGUCCAUCGCGACCUUGCCUCAUGAUAUCUAUGCAGUGGGCACUCAGGACAACCCGCAGGGCGAGAGAGAAUGGGCUGAACACAUCCGAGCCACGCUUCGGAGUGCAACCAACAUUGACUUCAAACAGGUGGCAGUACAGUCCCUUUGGAAUAUCAGACUGGCUGUGUUUGUGAAACCAGAGCAUGAAGGACGCAUCAGUCAAGUAAACACAGCUAGUGUAAAAACUGGCCUGGGGAACACACUUGGAAAUAAGGGAGCAGUAGGAGUUUCUCUUCUCUUUAAUGGCACCUCAAUGGGCUUUGUGAACUGUCAUCUGACUUCUGGUAGUGAUAAAGCACUCAGGAGGAACCACAACUUCCAAGACAUCCUCAGACUCUUGUCUCUUGGAGAAAAGCAGCUCGGCACUUUUGACAUUAGCCUUCGCUUCAAUCAUCUCUUUUGGUGUGGAGACCUCAACUACCGCCUGGACCUGGAUGCACUGGACAUAUUGAAGCAUGUUUCAAAGCGAGAAUUUGACGAGCUGAUGUGUGCAGACCAAUUGACUAGAGAGCGGCACAGAAGAAAGGCCUUUUUUAACUUUAAGGAGGAGAAGAUUUUGUUUCCACCCACCUAUCGGUAUGAACGUGGUUCUAGAGACUGUUAUCUAUGGCAGAAAUACAAGUCCAGUGGGGUGCAAGUCAACGGGCCCUCAUGGUGUGAUAGAGUUCUGUGGAAGUCCUACUCUGAGUCUCACAUAAUCUGUACCUCGUAUGGAUGCACAGAUGACAUCUUCACCAGUGAUCACUCUCCUGUUUUUGCAACUUUUGAAGUGGGUGUGAUAUCACAGUCUCCCAGAACAGAAUUGGGUUCAGAGAGAGCCAGCAUUGAGCUGGAGGCGAUUGAGGUCAUAGUGAAAACUGCUAGCAAGGCCAAGUUUUUCAUUGAGUUCCACUCACGCUGUCUAGAAGAGCCUCGUCGUUCUGCUGAGAAUGACUCGCAGUGCUGUGAGGUACCAGGGUUUCUCAAACUUGGCUGGUCUUCAAAACAGUUCCCAAAGCUCCACCCAGUGUUCUCAGAUUUAGAGCAUCUCCGGGAUCAGCACUUGCUGUUGUCUGUGAAGUCAUGUGAUGGCUUUGAGUCAUACGGCGAGUGCUGUGUGGCUCUUCACUCAGUAACAGGGAAAUCAUCGGAUCUAUUUGAGACAUGCUUGACUCACAGAGGAGAAGAGAUGGGUUCUAUUCGAGGACGAAUCAGAGCUUAUGUACCACCAGACCGCCGAAGGAUCCGGGAAAGGGUCUAUGAGUGGCUCUGCAUGGAGAAGGAUGAGAAGGAAAUGAUGAAGGAUCAUUUGUCUCGCCAGUCUUCCUGUGCAUUCUCAAACCAAGCACCAUCAUCCUCGUAUGUGGCAGCGCCUAACAGCUACACCAAUCCUGCGUACUUCAUCUUUGAGGGGGUGCCUGUGUUGCGAAGAGUCGAAGAGAUUCCCUCAUCCGGCAAAGAAUCCCAAGUGGUAUAUGCCAAAGAUGCUGUGAUACAGCUCCCUAGAGUGACUGGAGGUCACAGCCAUGGCAAAAGGUCUGCUCGGAGGUCCGACUUCACAGAGAUUGAGAUUCCUGGAUCUUUAGCACCUUAUAAAUCAUCUUGUGAGACUCAAAGUGAACUGACGUCAACUGCCUCCUCUUAUCAGCUUUUCCCAGGUCCAGACGUUCCUAAUACAUCCCCAAACCAAAGACACACCACCUCCUCGAAUACAUCUUUACUGUUACAGUCCCAUAAGAACAAUACAACACAGGAUUCAGUAUUAUCAGUCAAAAAAGUCACAAACUCCUACAUGAAUAGUUCUGUUUUUUCCGGGGACAUACAGGCGCCACUCAAAGAAAAAGUCCGAAAGGACUAUCAAAGGCUACACCAAGAUCGGCCCCCGUCAAUGAGAAAUGGACCAGAGCUGUACCCAUAUAUAUCCACAAGGGUUCCCGUUUGUGAAGUCUCAGUACCCUGGAUAGUAGAGCAGCCAACAACAGCUUCGGGAGACAACUCACUCACAGCCCUCCAGAUUGCUAAAUCACUAAGUGAGGUGGAUUUUCAGCCAGUAGACAGAAAGUACCAGUUUAAUCAAAUGUCGUCUCAGCAAAGGCAUCAUGGAUAUAAUUAUGGUUUAGCUAGUGAGAGAAACUACAGCUGGGAGAAAGAGGUGUCAGUCUUACAUGGAGCUCCAGAAACAGUGCGGGAGCUGCUCAGCACUCUGGGUUUGCAGCGCUACACGCUGGACCUCAGCCGUAAUGGCUGGGAUGAUCUUGAUUACUUCAGUGGUAUUACAGAGGAGGAGCUGUGUGCAGCGGGUGUGUCUAACCCAUCUCAUCGACGAAGAAUCUUAGAGAACCUUCCCAAGAUCUGGGACUGAACUGAAAAGGUGUCAUGUCAGGAGACCCUAAAUGACAAGUUCAGUAUUUGCAUUAUUAAAUUUUUUUUUUUUUACUCUUCUUUGUAAUUUUUCAAGUUUAAAUUCCAUUCAUAAUAAAGUUCAUCACACAAUGUGUUCAUUCUGUCCCUGUGGUUCUAAACAUACGGUGUGGAAUAAACUACAGUCCAACACUUGCUUCUAACAAUCCAAACAAAUCAUAUCUAUCACUAAAACACAGACUCUUUAAAAUUGUUUACUUUAGCAUUGAGUGUCUUGAUACUCAUACUUAGUUACUGUGUAUAUAAUAGCACGACAAGUCAACCUUGUCUUAUCUGAGCAUUAGCUGUGAAAUGUUCUGGUUCAGUACCCUGUCACAGCUUGCCUGUUUUUAGCCUAGUUACUGCAUUUAUUCCUAGGAGACCCCUUGCUAUAAAUUACCCUUUUAAAAGUGCAUAAAGCAAUUGUUUGCUAACGGAGUCAGCUGGUCCUUUUAAGAGGAAUACAUAUUUUACUAUUUACCCCAGGGAUUUAAUUGCAGGGAUGCUGUUCUCCCCUUUACUUAAGAGAUAAGCUCAUGGAUUUUUAAUGCUUAAUUGAACACAAACAAUGUUUUCCAGUGUGGUCUUACAUCGCUGGGCCAACUGUAAAUAUAACCUGCAAAAAAAGGUAACAGAAUAAGCACUGUUCACAUUUUUCCUGAACAUUAUAUGUGUAAAAUGAUGUUCCACAGGGAUUUAAUACACGUUGUAAAAUGUCAGUCUGUUUGUAUUCAUAUAAAGCUAUAAAACCAACUAGCUAUGCUUAAUUUAUGAUGUUACCUUGACAUUAACUGAAUUAUCCCACCUCCACAGUCCUAAAGCCUUUAUUCUUGCAAUUGUAUAUCUGUAAUUUGAUAAAUUAUGUAAUAUUCACUUUAGAUUAUGGUGAUGGUUUUACGAA